GAUCCUUGUUCAGUAUCUGUGUGUCCAUAUGCUGCCUAGUCAGGGGGGAGCGUCUGGUCCUCAGUAGCUCACACGUCCUCGGGAUGGCUUCUGGAAGAAUAAUCAAGCUUGUGGUGUUUGAGCUUCUUCAGUUUGCUGCUUUCUCCAUACCCACACUUGUGACUGUGGAACAGUUUGCCUCUGCCUAUCAAAGGACAAGGGAAACACCUGAGAAAACGCAUUAUUGGCUGAUUGUUUCCUGUUCGAUUGCCUAUGUGGCUUCAGUGAGUCUAUUGAUUUGGGUGCCCGUAAAAGUUAUCUUAUACAAGAAACCGCAUCUUUCCAAAAAAAUUAAAGGAUGGAGACCUGUUAUGAUGAUGUGUGUAGUACUCACCACACUCCCCAGCUUCAGCUUUUCUAUAGCAGUGACUGAGGUUCAAAAGAAUAUUAAUGGCUCCGCUGAUGUCUUACCUGACACCUUACCUGACCUGCCAGUCUCUCUGGUUCUGACUUCUUUGAUCGUGGUUGAUAUUAUUGAAAAACUCAGGACAUAUUCUCUUAGAGGGAGGCAAAAGAGUAAAGAAGAUAGGCACAUCCAUAUCACCACUUUGCAACAAAUAAAACCUGUGACAGAUCAAGGGAGGGAAAAUGAAGGAAACUCUGCUACUCCCCAGCCAGCCAUCAGGACAGGGGCAUCACGGCCACCAGUAGCCACUACACAGAGCCCUGCUCCGGAGCUGGCAGGACCCCAGGAACUCUCCUUCCAGUCGGGAAUCCUGAGAAUGAUGUCCCAGCAGGACGUUCGUGCGGAGAUCUUCCUGUGGAGCUUUCUGCUGUGGUCUGACACCAUAGAAAUGGUGCGUGUGGCUGGCCACCAAGCCGUGUACAGGUCAGGCUGGCUCUACCCAGUCUACAUAUUCAGUUUUAUUUCUCUCGUCCGAAUUAUAUUCACUCCCCAGAACCCUCUUCUGAAUUCCCUGGGCAUCCUGCUCCAGGAUUUACCUUUUAUUUUUGUUCGACUUAGUUUAAUCAUUGCCCUAGGAACUAUCACACCCAUAUUGGGCCUUUGUAAAAAUGUGCUGGUGACUCUGUCUUAUGUUUACUUCAAUUACUUAACCAGAUACAGGAUUUUCUCUACCUUUGAAUUGUCUUCAUUUUAAAAAGAAAAUGUAAUAUUGUGAAACUUCUUUAUUAUGCAUGUGUACACAUUUGUAAUCUUUUAUUUUUUUGAGGCAUAGGUUUUUGCACUAUAUAAAGAAAUGAAGACUAAAUUGUAGAGAAUAAACUAUUUUUAAUAACUGUAGCAUCAGUUUUUUUUUAAUGUGUAUAAAUGGUGCUAAAUUUAAGCAAAAUUGUAUUCUUGUAAAUGGCUCCCCUGUAUCUCUAGAUAAUAG